CUUGACUGAUGAGAAAAGACGACGCUCACGCCAUGGUAUUGAAAUCAUCCACCAUGAAGGCCGCCCUGGUAGUCCGCUCUUCUACCGGCUUCAAAUUUAGAAUCUCCUCCAUCGCCAUCCCCCCCAUCGGACCCCUGGAAAUCCUAGUACAGCUCUCUGCAACAGGCGUCUGUGGGACUGAUAUGGCCCUGGCAUCCGGCGAAGUCGGCCCUACGUGUCAAAUUCUCGGCCACGAAGGCAUCGGACGGGUGGUCCAAGUAGGACAAGGCGUCCCGGCCAGUGACGUCCAAGUAAACGACCGUGUCGGAAUCGCCUGGUUGCGCGACAUCUGCGGCAAAUGCGCCUACUGUCUACAUCCCGGGGGUGAAACGCGCUGUGCCGAGCAGCUCAACUCUGGCCGCAAGAUUGACGGGACAUUUGCCGAAUACGCUGUCGUUCCGGCCCGGUACUUGGUGCGGAUACCGGAUCAUGUCAAGACGAGUGAUGAGAUGCUCGCUCCCAUUCUAUGCGGAGGCGUGACGGCUUACAAGGCCCUGCGUGUCUGCGGUGCGAGCGGCGGCCAGUGGGUUGCUGUCCUUGGCGCAGCAGGUGGUGUAGGUGCGUUUGCCAUCCAGUAUGCGCGAGCUAUGGGCCUGCGUGUCCUUGCCAUUGACGCUGGAGAGGCCAAGGGCAAGUAUUGCCUGGAUCUUGGAGCGGAGAAGUAUAUCGAUGUCGUGGACACUACCGACCUGGCUGAUCAAGCUGCCAAAAUCACCGGGGGACGAGGAAUCAGCGCAGCCCUCGCCAUCGCCGGCUCGGCCAAGGGAUACCAAGCGGCACUGGAGAUCCUCGGUCCAUUUGGCACUCUCGUGUGCGUGGGGAUCCCACCGCCCCACGAGCUGGUCAGUUUCCAUCCCUUGCUCUUCAUCGACAAGGGCAUCAAAAUUGUUGGGUCUGCCGUGGGGACUCGAGAGGAUAUUCUGGACGCGAUUGAGUUUGUGGAGCGUGGUCUCGUCAAGUCAAAUAUCGUCCGAGCUACGCUGCUGGACUUGCCGAAGAUUGCAAAGGAAUUCGGAAAGGCAAACGGAAAGUACGUUAUUAAGUACAAUGUGCGUGGGACAUUGUGA